GUCCCCGUCGUCCCCAUCACGUGCUCGGUGUGCUGCAUUGUGUUCGCGGCGGAGGGAGGAGGGCCGGCCGUGUCAGUGAUCAAUGUCAUGACUUCCUCCCCGGGCCGGAGCGCUGUGGGAGCGGGGCCGGAGGAAGCUCGCCGAUCGCCGGGGAACGAGGCGCGGCCGCGCACCCGCGGACCCGCGCGCGGAGCGGGGGAAAGAUGAGCUCCGGGGACGUCGUUUGCACCGGCUGGCUCAUCAAGUCGCCCCCCGAGAGGAAGCUGAAGCGAUAUGCCUGGCGGAAGCGCUGGUUCGUGCUGCGCAGAGGGCGCAUGAGUGGCAACCCAGACGUGCUGGAGUACUACAGGAACAGCCACUCCAAGAAGCCCAUCCGCAUCAUCGACCUCAAUGAGUGCGAGGUGCUGAAGCACUCGGGGCCCAACUUCAUCAAGAAGGAGUUCCAGAACAACUUCGUCUUCAUCGUGAGAACCACCUACCGCACCUUCUACCUGGUGGCCAAAACUGAGGAGGAGAUGCAAAUCUGGGUGCGCAACAUCAGCCAGAUCUGCAACUUUGGGCAUUUAGAAGAUGGCACAGGUUCAGUGGAAAGCCUGUCCCACACAACCUCGUCCCCACAGCCUUCGCCAGCUGCCUCCACCCACACAUCCCGCAUCGCUGAUCCCUCCUUCUCGGUUGACCACACUGCCACCGAUGCUUCUGCUGCAGAGGAGACCCCUAGUGAGUCGGAGUCGGUCUUCCUCCCCGACUACCUCUUCCUCUCCAACUGCGAGUCGGGCAAGCUCAGCCACACCAGGUGUGACAGCUGGUCCAACUCAGAUAGAUCGCUGGAGCAGACCUCAUCAGAUGAUGUUUUCAUCGACUCUCUGCAGUCCCAGCCCUCCUUGUACCUCGUGCAACCAUCCAGCACCAUACACCAGGAUGGGACCCCACUGGCAAACCCUGGUGUGGUGCCCAGGAGCACGGACAUGAGUGGGACAGCCAGCGACUUGUCCUCCUCUCCACUGCUGGGGACGUCACUGACACCAACCUUUCCAAUGGAGCAGAGCCAAAGCACACUGCCCUAUGGUGUGAGCCAGCUGGAUGUGCUCUCCAACACACCCCCACCACGGCCCCCCAAGCCCACCCACUUCUCGGACAGGCGAGGGGAUGAGGCAGGUGGUGGGGUGCUACAGAAUGGCCACGCGGGGACCUGCCGUGUUCCAGUGGCACUGGUGCCCAGGAGGAUCUCCCUGUCCAGCCUAGACAACAUGAGGAACUGGAAAGCAGACAUGGAAGGGAGUUCUUUAAGAAGUCGGGACAAGAGACUGAGCUUGAAUUUGCCCUGCCCCUUCUCCCCACUCUACUCAACGGCUGUGGAUGGAGCAGAAGACAACUAUGUGCCCAUGCGCCCCAGCACCUCUCCCUCGGCACCUGGCUCCGACUGCUCCCCUGACGGCUACAUCCCCAUGAGCCCCAGCUCAGCAACCUUCACCUUCCCUGUAGUCAACACUGAAAAAGUCACCAGCCCCUUACCUGAGCUGCCCUCCGACCUGGAGCCGCCCCCGGUGAACCGAGACCUCAAGCCUCGCAGGAAAUCACGGCCACCUCCUUUGGACUUGAGAAACCUCUCCACAAUCCGAGAGCAUGCUGCUGUGACCAGGAUGUGGACUGUGCCUUACAAUCGAAUGAGCUUUAUCUCACCAGAAAGAGACGGUAUUAAUUCAGCAAGAAUAUUUGCCAAUUCAGUUUCCGGAGAAGAGGAAGAAAGUUACAUUCAUAUGGAGCACAGACAGGCAACAUCUCCAUACAGUGGUGCUUUUCCAUGGACAAGGAAAUCUAACCUUGAUUACUUAGCAUUGGAUUUUAAUUCUGCUUCCCCAUCCCCUGUACAGAAGAAACCAUUUCUUUCUGAGGAGCAGAGAGUGGACUAUGUCCAGGUAGAUGAACAGAAGACUCAGGCUUUACAGAACACUAAGCAGGAAUGGACAGAUGAGAGGCAAUCAAAAGUUUAAAGGAAGAAGAUUGGGAUCUGGAGGAGGAUUUUUUUUGCACUGGAACCAUGAUGUCAAUGAAGCAGCUAGCACAGAGUUCAAAGGCAGAGAGAGUGAAGAAGCUGCAAGAUGCUUGCAGUCUCCGGCGGAGUGGCAUUUUUACCAGAAAUCUUUGAUUUCAUUUGGAAAUAGUAUGUUAAAUGAGUGAGUGCUUCACUGAUGAUUGAAGUAAUGCAUUACUCUUAUUACUGCCCUUACUGGUAAGCUACAUGGUACCAUUUCUGGCAUGACUCUGGGACAAGUCAGACACUUAAUGUUAACAAAUCCACUACAAGUUGCAUUAAUCUAGUUGGUCCUGUCUUUUCCCUCUGUUGUAUAAUUCCUAGUUGCUAAAGCUAUUUUUCUAUAUUCCUCACAAACACUGUGGGUGCUCAGGCUGCCUGUGGCAGCAAGCAUCUGACAGAUAUUGAUGACUAAUCAACUAAGGGCUAAAAUACUGAAACAGUAAAAAGAACUUUUUAAAUGUAUAGCGCUCAAGCAAAGAGAAUUUUGGAAAAUAUUUUUCCCCUGUGUUUAAAAGAUCUGACUCUGAGCUGUCAGAAGCUCGAAACAAGACUAUGUACUGAUGGGUCUGGAACGUGUGGGCACUGACCCUCUGGUUGAUGACCAUCGUGUUAAGUUUCUUUCUGCUGUGGCUUAUUCUUGUCACCUCUCGCUCUGAUUACUACUGAUGUUUUCUCCAUGUCUUGAGGAGUGUCCUCAGCACAGCACAGCUGCUCCUCUAGCAGGAGACUGCUGACACACAGCUCUCAGCUGGCUGAAAAAUAGAAAGGGAAGCUGUGAGCCUGUUUCUGCAAGUCUUGGGAGACCUGGCAAAGGAUCAAGAAUGCUUUCAUUCAAACUGCAGAAGAAAUGCAAUUGGAAUUGCUGGUAGCAAUUGUCAAACUGAUUGUUUCAUCAGACUCACCCCAAAAAAUGGAAAAUUAAGAAAUGCAGCGUGGUCUGUGAGAGGCUAGCAGGCCUGCCAAAAGGAAACAACAACACGGCAUGAGGACCUCUAGGUUCAGGAAGCUUAUCUACUUUGGGUCUUGAUAGGGACACUAUCUCAGGAUCAUAUAUGUGUACAGUUUGACAUAUUUAACUUUAGAAGCUUGGCUGCAAUCUAUUUUAAGAUGGCAUAUAGCCACUGCAGAACUGGCAGUUUGCAGUGCAGUGACCCACACCGGACUUGAUCUUUGCUCGUGCAGGUAAGUUCCACUGGCCAUAGAUGCCUGAUCCUGCCAGCAUGGAAGAUUUCUUCUUUGACAAAACCAAGUCACUGGCCCCCUCGUGUGCCUGUUGUACCACGUUGUCAUCAGACCUACUCAAAAUGCUGAGUGACCAAGCAGUUGCCAUGGAAACAUCAUCGCAGACAUUGCUGGCACUGAAGGCCCUUCCUUACUGCUCUCCCUCCAGCCCCUGGGCUCACCAGGUGGGCUGAGUUGCAUGUCCUGCAGGAAGGGGCUGCCUCAAAAGCAGAAAUGCUGAUUUCCUCCUACCUCAAGACAGCUGAAGUGCUAGCAAGUCUUGCUGUUUACUUAGAUCAGAUGCAGAGUUGGGUAGCUGGGUAACACCCUGCAAGAGCAGUGAGAUUUGCCAGCACCUCUACUGACCCUGGGGCAAACUGGGCAGCUGGCCUCAUAGUCAGAAAUUGUCCUGGGUUAGAGAUGCUUAGAAAAUUGGAUUUAUGCUGCAGGAUGUUCCCUCUUCUCCACCCCACCCAAAGCUCUAAAAUGAAAGUUGAUGUCCAGAAAAGUUUUGCAAAGAAUUCAGGCUUUUCAGCAUAAGAUCUGGUGUGAAAUUUAGUAUUUGAACCCUCUUUUUUUUUUUUUGGUCCUAAACUAAACUCAGUGUAGGCAAGUGCUGCACAGUCAUGCCCCAAGUGGGGCUGUGGGAGAGGGGAACUGGACUGUGGGGAUCCACACCUCUGGGGGAUGCAAGAAAGCUCACAGGGCCAUGCUCACAAGGAUUUUGGCCUUUCUGCUCACACAAAUUGCUGUCAUAAAGUGUACAAAUAAUACAAUAUCACUGAGAGCUCGCAAGGUAUGCUGCAGUACAGAGUUAACACUCAUAUGAGGUGUGUAUUGUGGUAAGGGACCAUCACACUGAAGAGCCUUGUGAAGUACAGAAAGCAUCUGUAAAGGGCAAGAUCAAUUAUGCUAAGCUUCUGCAGAGCCCAAAUUGCAAAGUGAUGGCAUGCUAGCCUCUGAUUCAGACUGCAGUAGCGUGCAAAUCAGCUCAUGUUCUACUGGAGCAUUUCCUUUCAUGCUGUCAGAAAAUCUUCUGAAGUGGAAAAAUACCAAGCUAUUGAGGACAACUGACACGUUUGUUAUUGUGGUUUGUUGUUAAAACUGUUUAAACUUGGGCAAAACUUGGCUACUGGGUCAGUCAGAAAGAGCAAGUUCUUCUGGUUUUGUUUUCUUAAAAAGAUAUAAAAGUUCAACCUGGAUGUGGCUGUCCUUCAGUCAGUCCCCCCUUAGACUUCUGCAUGUCUCCUUUCUGCUCCUGGAGCUGUCUUGUCCCCAUCAGACGCGGCUUACUGUUUCUAACUUUCACUUUUAAACUAAAAGUUAAGUUUGAGGUUAUGGUAAGGUCCGACUGCUCCAGAGUCCGUGAGAUGCAUUCUUGUGCAAGUACAAUAUACUAAACAGGAGCAAUUAAAAAAAUACAGAAGAAGUUUAAAAGCAGAACAGUCCUCCCCAAAGGUUUUUUUCUCCCAUGUAGUCAAAUUCUGCAAUAAUCCUUAGAGGGCAAAGAAAAGGAGAAUGGCAUGAGGAUGACAAAAGCCAACUCUUCUGCAGUCACCCCCGUCACUGGGAACGGUCUGAAAUGGAGCAGCAGCCCUGCUGUGGUCUGUCGGUGAUGGACCUGGUGGCUGCUGGCAGCAUCCCUGCAACCUGCUGGCAGGAGGGGAGAUGCUGGAGGGAAAAGGAGCCAAUGCUUGGUUCAUUCUGCUCCUUGGCCAAAGGCAAAAGAAAGACUGUGAAAGCACCUGGGAACCGAAUCAGCCUUUGAUGUGUCAUAUCUGAAAAUGUGGGACAGGCAGGAGGCCAGGCACUCUCCUUGUAGCAUCUUCUGUUUGCUGUAGGGCUAUUAUUUUGUUACUUGUCUGUAUUUCUUGGAAGGUAUCAGGGGAGCUGUUGCAGAGGGAGGCUCUGCACUUUGAUGAGCAAGGGACAGCCGGCAGCCCCUUGUGAAGCUCCUGUCCCCUGAGGACCCGGCAUUGCCCAGCUAAGGACCUGUAGUGCCUUCUCCAGCAUCUCUGGGGGUUCUCAUUCAAAGUGGAGAGGAGCAUUAAGCAGGCAGAGUGGGCUCUGUUUACUUAGAUGUGUUGCUCUGUGAAGCUUGCAGAUGCAGCUGAUCGCAUGACAAGGAGGACAGCAAGCUGAGCAGUGACAUUGCCUGUGGGCAGUGGGCACAAAAACACUUGCCUGAAGUAAAUCCUGCAGAAUCAUAAAGAGAUUAAUCUGCUCUGAACUUCUUUCCUGAAGACAACAGAGUGUUUACUGGGAGUUGCACUCAUUCCCAAGGCCUUUACUCAAUGAGGAAUUAAUAUAGUAGUUCUUCAGUGAUCACACAAUGAGCAAAGAGCGUAGCAGGAUCCAGGACUCUUUGCUUUUCGGACUGAACUGUGUUUUACAUUUAUAACUCCUUAUUACAGGAGAUGGCAUUAAGUACCUUACUGUCGGAUAGGAACACUUUACCUGAGAAUGCUUACAGCCAUUGAAUUCGAGCCAGGUGGUUCCCACCAGCUCACUUUGCCAAGGGCAGAGCCCGCACUUCUCCGUCCCACUGAUUGCAUCAUAGGUGUGGGUUUGGGAGUUGCAUUAACUUCAUGUGAUUCAGUGGUUUAGUAAUUCAAAGACCAUCAGAUGCUGUGAUGAGAAUGAAGCACAGGGCAAUGCCUUUCCUUUGUUCCCCUGUUCUGCAAAAGUUGCUCAGGUUAAAAAAAAAAGAAAGCCACCAAAAUAGCAGACUUUUGUCGUUUCAAAGCCAGAAUAUUUUUUGUUCAAAUAAAACUUACAUCUUGUGCAAAUGAAGCAUUACACUUUUUUGUAUCUGUAAAUGUGUGGGGAAGCAUUAAGCAGUCAUCACUGUUGCCAGGGGGAAAGUCAUUGACAGAGGGGAGGAGCUCUCCCUUCCUGAUGUUUCAUUGUGAUAUUUGUUGUAUAUAUUUGCACAUUGUAUCCUUUUUUCUAAUAAAUUAAUAUAAAAUGUAGCUGUGAACUUUAAUUA